AUGGCCUCAGAGAAGGACACCAAGACUGAAGCUGCGAAGCAGGAGGAGGAGGAGGAGGAGGAUCUGUCGGAGGUGGAAGAAGAUGGCGGUGAAGUGAAAUCGGACGAGGCUGGAGAAAAGGAGGAGGCGGAAGAACCAGAGGAAGAUGAAAAUGCUGAGGGAAAAAAUGAGGUGAAAGAGGAAACGGAGGGGGAGGAAGAGGAGGGCGAGGGCAAAGGCGAGGAUGGAGAAGACGAAGGCGACGAGGGGAAAACUGAGAAAAGUAAAAAGAAGGGUUCGAAGAGAAAGAUGAAAGGCGACACUGUUGUGUUAAAAUCGCCCCAGACGCCCGGGAGCGAGAGGCCCACGAGGGAGAGGAAAAUGGUGGAGAGGUUUAAGGUAUACGAGACCCCAAAGAGCUCUGCCAGUAAGCCCUUGUCCAUUGAGAAGGGUCAAGGCACACAGCUUAAGGAUAUCCCUAAUGUGGCUUUCAAGUUGUCCAAGAGAAAAGGUGAUGAGAAUCUCCAGCUUCUUCACACAAUUCUUUAUGGAAAGAAAGCAAAGGUGCGCAUGCUGAAGAAAAAUAUUGGCCUCUUUUCUGGUUUUGUGUGGGCUGAGAAUGAGGAAAAGCAGAAAGCUAAAACCAAGGAGAAAAUUGACAAAUGCGUAAAAGAGAAGUUAUUGGACUUCUGCGACGUUCUUAACAUUUCAGUUAAUAAAGCUUCUAUAAAGAAGGAAGAGCUUGUUGUAAAAUUAUUGGAGUUCUUGGAGUCUCCUCAUGCUACAACUGACACGUUGCUUGCUGACAAGGAGAAGGGAAAGAAACGGAAGAGUACUGGCCCAACCAGCAAAAGCCCAAGUUCUCCUCAUGUGGCUGGAGGGAAAUCCACGAAGAAACAAAAAUCGGAUUCUGAUUCUGGUAAGAAGCGAAGUGGUCCCACUGAGGAAGAAGAUGAUGAUAAAAGUGAACAUUCACUUAGUGAAGAUGAUAAGGACGAUGAAAAAUCAGUUCCCAAAGCAGAAAGUGAUCAUGAAGAGAACGUUGUAGAAGACCAGAAAGAUGAAGAUGAGGAGGAACCCAAGAAGCAGAAGUCGGUUGAGAAGGUUUCCUCUAAGAAAAGUGCCAAGAAAGAUACCAGUAAGGGUGCUGUCAAGUCCAAGUCAACUACUAAAGGAAGCCCACCAGAAUCUUCAAAAGCAUCAGGCAAAUCUAAUAAUAAAUCUACCGGUGCUGUAUCUGAUAAAAAGAGUAAAGUGAAGGCUUCAUCCAAUAAGAAGCAAAAAGUGGACAAGGAAAGUGAGGAAACUAAAGGUACAUCUUCAAGCAAGAAAAAGUCCAAGACCUCGACGAAGGUUUCUGAAAAUGAUCAAGAUGAUAGUGAAAGUAGUGAUAAAGAAGUAAAAGAGCCCAGCCGAGAAGAAAUGCAUGCUGCAGUAGUAGAUAUACUGAAGGAAGUGGAUUUUAACACAGCAACAUUAUCCGACAUUCUCAAACAGCUCGGUAAGCACUUUGGGGUAGAUCUCAUCCAUAGAAAAACAGAAGUUAAAGACAUAAUCACGGAAGUGAUAAAAAGCAUGUCGGAUGAAGAAGAUGAUGAGUCUGCAAAUGAAUCAGGUAAAGAUGAGGAUUAG